GGGGCCAAUACCAACAUGGCCAUAUUGUUUGUUUUGAAAUUUUAGUUUAAUAUUCGUGGGUUUUUGCUGAGAAUGUAAGCUUUGCAUUGCGUAGAAUUUUAUAUACCCCUAUUUGGAAAUUUGUGCAUACAUAACCUUGGUCUAUGUUUUAACUUUUUGAUGUUGGCUAUCGGUGAAAUUUUCAUGACAGUUCUCUGUCAAUAAAUAUUGGGUGUGGAAAAUUAAUUAGGAUAGAAAAUAACAGUUUGUUAUUGUAUUAAAUUAGUAAGUUAAAUCUAUAACGAUGGACAAGUUGUACGGCAAGGAUCUUAGUGUUUACGACGAUAUAGAUGUGGAAGAUCUAUUGGCGAAACUAACCACAGAAGAAAUAAAUAUAUUAGCCAAGGAAGUAGACCCAGAUGACACUUUCUUGCCUCCAUCACAGAGAUGCAGUUACGAUUGCGACAAAGAACCAACGGGACCGCUCAACAGAAAGAUGCUUAUUGAAUUUAUCAAUAAAAAGGCAAUGGAAACACCCGAUAGACCAGAACUCAAGCCCUAUGUACCUGGAGUUGUCCGUGGUAAAAAGUGGGUGCCACCACCUCCAGCUGCCAGUGAACAAGAAGCUGAAGAGAAGAUCGCCGUGGACUUGGGAGAAGAAUACGAACAGGCAUUGAGUGGGGCCAGUCAAGAGGAGAUUAUUGAUCUGGCAGCUAUUUUAGGCUUCCACUCAAUGAUGAAUCAGGACCAGUAUCAUGCUUCCCUAUUGAACAAAGGUCAGCCUGUGGGACUUGGCUGGGAUGGAAUCACCAAAGCUUCCAAGCCCAAAGUGUUCCCAAUGGAGCCACCAAAUAAUACUGAUCCUGAGGAAUCUAUCCAAAGUGUUCGCAGGGAUGAAGGAAAAUACAUCGAACUUAACUGGAAUAACAUUAAGAGUAUUUCUGAUGAAAAGUUUGAGAAUUUGUUCACUGCCUUGGGUGACAACACCCAUCUGGAAACGUUGAAACUUGCCAAUACAGGCAUGUCAGAUAGACACGCUGAAAAACUCGCCGAAGCCAUUGAAAAAAAUAAAACCAUGAGGGUGGUCAAUGUGGAAACCAAUAUGAUUUCACCAGUGGGUAUUGUACGAUUAAUCAAAUCCUUGUUGAAGAACAAAACUGUGGAAGAGUUUAGGGCGGCUAACCAACGUUCCCAAGUGUUGGGAAAUAAAAUUGAAAUGGAAAUCACCCAGUUAGUGGAGAAGAACAACAACUUGCUAAGGUUAGGAUUGCAUUUGGAGUACAACGACGCUCGUCAUCGCAUCGCUGCUCACCUGCAGAAAAACAUUGACCAGAGUCGCAAGUUACGAAUGGGACAGCUGCCACGCAACCAAAUGUUUUCAGGUGCUUUGGACGAAAACGAACGCACCGUAUAACGGUUGGCUUAAGAUUGCACCAAACAUUUUGAUUUUUGAAGUGUUUUGGAUUGUAGUUGCUUUUAAUAAGUCACUGUUACUGGAAAGUUAUUGCCGAUAUUCGCUACUACUGUGCUCCACUGUGAACCGUAUAAUAUAGCGCAGCUUAUGGGUAGUUAUUUAGUCGUUUAAGCAAAACGUUUGAAAAAAGAGUAUAAUCAAUCGGAAAACAAUCGGCAGAAAUAAACGAUAUUUUGAUUGUACUAACUCACACAGGAAUCAAUGUAAAAGUGGCAAAAUUGUAUUUGGAUAAUUACGGCGUUAGUUCCCGAAUCUGAUUUCGUAUGAUUUUGUCGCAAACUGCAUUAUUCCAACAGAACACAAAAAGAUGAAAUAUUAAAAUACUUAUUGUAACGUUACAUUUUAUGAUAUGAAUAAAACACUUAAACACGACACACA